CGGCUUUGAGAAGAUGAGGGAAGAUGGCGAGUAAAACAAGCAAACAAGAGAGUGCUCCUCCUUUUGAUUGUCCAUCAUGGGCAGGCAAACCACCCCCGGGGCUCCAUCUAGACGUGAUGAAGGGAGACAAGCUGAUAGAGAAACUGAUCAUAGAUGAAAAAAAGUACUACUUGUUUGGGAGGAACCCAGACUGGUGUGAUUUCACCAUAGAUCAUCAGUCCUGCUCCCGGGUCCAUGCUGCUCUGGUCUACCACAAACACCUGAAAAGGGUCUUCCUCAUAGAUCUCAACAGCACACAUGGUACUUUCCUUGGACGAAUUCGUUUGGAGCCUCACAAGCCUCAGCAAGUUCCUAUAGACUCUACAAUAUCUUUUGGGGCUUCAACGAGGACUUACACUAUCAGGGAGAAACCCCAAACCCAAGGCAGCACUGGCACAGGAGACAGUAAGACAGGAGAUGAUGAGGAGCUGAAAGGACUGCUGGGCCUUCCAGAGGAAGAGACAGAGCUGGAGAACUUGACAGAAUUCAACACGGCUCACAACAAACGCAUCUCCCUCCUGACAAUCGAGGAAGGCAAUUUAGAAAUCCAGAGACCUAAGAGGAAACGGAGAAAUUCCAGGGUUACCUUCAGUGAGGAGGACUCAAUCAUUAACCCAGAGGAUAUAGACCCUUCAGUGGGACGCUUCAGAAAUAUGGUGCAGACUGCUGUGAUCCCAAUCAAGAAACGAAGGUCAGAGGGUCAGAACACCCUGGGUCUCGACGACUUGACUUCGAAACGCAUCCAUGGCUACAGCUUCAGCGGCGGUCUCUACGGCGACCUGCCUCCCACCAGUCACGAGAACCAGCCGACGGGAGCCCCGGGAGGCGCCGCGAUCCAGGGAGGCCUUCCUUUGCCCUUCCCCAACCCGGCCCCGGAGGUGGACCUGGCCCCGGAGGCUCCACAGCCCCCGGUCACCCUCAACCCCACACCUGUUACAGCUCCUUAUCUGCCAGAGACCCACAACGAACCACGCAAAAAGAAGUAUGCCAAAGAGGCUUGGCCAGGCAAGAAGCCCACCCCUUCACUGCUCAUAUAACCAGUUUGUUAAAGCUGCUGACUCUCAGGUUACCAGCAUCAGGGACUGUGACCUGGCCCAGGCGGAGUCGUUCACCUCUCAGAUUUGUUUUUUUUUGUUUGUUUGUUUUUGAUAGUCGUUGCUCAUCGCCAUCACAGAAAUGCGCCGCACUACAUCCCUUUGAUCUUUCACAAGGCAUCACCCACAAGACUAAUUAGCCGACGUUUCAUGUGUAAACAGAAUUAUUAUGAAGUCACAGGACUCGGCAGCGGUGAGCAUUUAAGCCUCCGAUGGGUAGUCAGUGUGGCCUGUCUGUGGGUGAAAGGCUCCAUGGAUGAAAUGAGUCACUGAGUUAUGUUUAUGAUGUGUUUGGAUGUAAAAUGGAAGAUUUCUUUUUUUCUACUAAAUACGUUUCAACAUUUUUUCACUCCUUUUAAUAUUUUGAUAACGCUAUUAAAUAAAAAAAAAAGGCAGAAAGUACUUUUUAUAGAACAUAUUUUACUGUAGGGGGUUAGGACAGCCACAGUAUCAAAAAAUUAAUUUCUACCCAAAUAAAAUGCUGUAUUUUACUUUAAAAAAAAAAAAAGAGGUAAUGUCUACAAACAUAUUAUUAGCAUAAACAUUUCCAUCACAGACUAAUUUCACAUCAACUUAAACAUCCUUGAAGCCACUAGAGGGAGACGUGUGUCAGCAAUUUGGAGAAAGUGUCACUUGUGGGCUUUAACAUCAACAGUAUCUUUAAUACAUCCAAAAAACAAAUAUACAUGAGUUAUCCAAUGACGGUGAUGCUGUGAGCCCCUAGUUGUACAUUAUCAGGUUUAUUUGUGGACAUAAGCCAUUCUAAUUGUCCAAAAAAGAUAUUACACCUGCCCUUUGACUGUCCAGUAUGCCGUUUUAAAUGUUUCUUGCCUUUUUUUUUUUUUUUUUUAUUUCCACCCAGCAUCAGUAUACUACAAAAUCUAGGAUUUACAGGUUUCUGCAAUUGUAAUUCACUGUACUUUUUCCAGAUAGUUAUAGAAUAUGGUAGAAUGGAUCAUAGCACAGAAACACAUCCCUAUCUGCUUUUAAGUAAAGAAAGAAUUUGGGUUUUAACGCAAGUCUGGAUUUGAUGAUAGCAUAUUAACAUUGUUCACAUGCAACACAGUACAGCUUAGUUUAUACAGUAUAUACUUUUCAUAUUACCUGUUUGCCCUGGACUGAAGACAUGUAAUAAACUGAUGGAACAA